GCACAUGAUCUAUGAUGUCUUAUUCUGAGAUGUAUUUAGUAUGACUGCUUCUCAGGUAAGCAGUUUAAGGAUUAUUCUUUCGAUUAUCUGCAUAACACUCAACCACCAACGAUUCCCGAUUGUAUCUUUACCCAUCAAUUUCCGCCCUGAAACAUCUACUACUGCGAGGACACCGUCAAAUCCGGGGUUAUACCGUUAAGAUCCUAACAUUCCAACGGAGAUUUCAGAGUUACAUUCGAUUUCUUAAAUUCUUACCUUUGGAGUACGUUAAAGGACGAUUCAAGUUCAAGUCUAAAUUUGGGGCAAUCCGUGGUUUCGGCUUUGAAACGCUCGACUUUUCCCAGGGUUGAGUAAACGAUGCUACCCUGGUUCGGUCGAUUAUAUAGAUCUUGUUUCCCCUCUAUGAUUUAUUUCUGAUUUGACCAAGUCAAUCGUUUUAUUUAUAUACAAGUACGUACUAAUAUUUUUUGUUUGUUUUUACUUUUUCAGAAACAUCUCUUGUAUUCAUCAUGCACUCGUUUCUCCCCGUCUCGCUUGUGGCGACUGCCACUUUCUUCUCUGCUGCGCAAGGAAUCAACAUCCUAAAGCCGACCGACGGCGACACCGUCGACGCAACCAAAGGCUUCGACGUCGUCUGGACCUACGAUUCCUCGGAUUUCACCAACUGGGAAAUCGAGCUUGCCAAUCCAGCACCUGGAAAACUGGUCGCUACCGAUGUGACCCAGUCCCCUAUCACAGGUACAGCCACGUCAACGUUUUCUUAUCAUGUCGCGGCAUUCACUGGCGUCGCGGAUGGAGGGAACUAUCACGUUGUCUUGGAUCCUCGGAAUGGGGGUACUGGCGCAUUUCCGGAGUCUGGUGAAUUCACCGUUGUGAAUGGUGGCGGUGAUGGUUCUGGGUCGAGUACUACUACAUCUGGUUUUACGUCUGGUAGUAGUAGCACUACGACUUCAGCUUCGGCUACGUCUACAACAACCAGUAUUAGCUCCACCCCUCCUCUCAUAUCUGAAACCAGUACGACUACUACGAGUAGCAGUACUGCAGUGAUUAUAAGCAGCGGCUCACCAGCCAUAGCAUCUUCAACUCCAGUAUCCACUACUACAGGAACAACAACAACUUCCGUAACUGGCAUCCCAACCAGCGCCACCGUCAUUCCACCUAUUUCAGUCUCAACCGGCGGAAACAGCACCAUCACCAUGUCCAGCACCAGUUUCUCAACCUUCGUUUCUGGAUCCGUUACGUCGCUGGUUCCGCAAUCGACAAUUAUCAAGACCACUGUUGUCCCUGGUGGAAGUGGUGCUACUGGCUCCGGCACAAAAGCGCCUACUUCGUCGCCUACUAUUGCGCUUGCUGCGGGUGGCAGUGCUGCGCCGCACAUGGGAUUGUUGAGUAGUGUUGUUGGUGCUAUCUUGGGUGUUUUUAUGCUUUAGGUCUGGAAGUAGCAUGGAAUCUGGGGAGAGAAAAUCGGUGAAUCACACAUGGUCUGCUAGACAGAUCUUUUUUACUAUGCCAAUCUUACAAUUAUAUCCAGAUGAAUGAUUGAUAGCGAAUAUGCUCCAGAAUGUACAUAGUGCCGUUUUGAUUAACUUAUGUUAUGAUACUC